AUGGCACGCGCCGCAGCGCCCCCGCGUCGGGUGACCCGAAGCCAAAGCCGCGAGCCUGCCAAGAAUGGCACAAGUCCUGUCAAAGGAGCCCAUCCAGCUGGGAAGAGAGCAACUGGGAAGACAGCAGCUGGGAAGACAGCAGCUGGGAAUACAGCAGCUGGGAAGACUACCACUGGUAAGACUACCACUGGAUUGAACACGGUGGCCGAGGAAUCGCCGCGCAAGUCACGCCAGAAAGGUACUGCAACCUCGCUUGUCACUGAGUCUCCCGAAAACCACGAAGGCCACACCAACCUGUCCGGUACGACAUUCUUGACUGACGCCCAUUCUCGCCGAGAUGGCCACUGGAAUCCACACGAGGAGGCCAAACUCCAAACACUCAUCAUGCUCGAUGAGUUUCCCGGCCUCCACGAGGCGACGGAUCGUAUUCUGGGCUUGUACAAGGCGCACGGAGCUGAUCCAAAACCAAUUCUUACCAUCGCAAAAAGACAUGCGGACCCCACAACUACCGAAAACAGACGCCUAGCCCCCGCGAUAAAAAGACUACUCGCCCAGAUGGAAACGUUUACCGAGCGUCAGUUUAUCCGGCCGUUUGAUAUCUCGACCAAGAUCGAGCCGGUGCCUGCUACACGGCACUUUGGAGAAUGGAAUCCAAUGCCUCUUGUGUACAGAGCCAAUUGUGCUCGUCUAGCGCUGUUCGUUUUCAACGCGACAAAGAACCCAGUUUCUCGCGGAAACAUCGUCCGAGAGCUAGAGGAGGAACAUUUCCCUCAGCCUUUCCUGCAAAGCAUCGUCAAGGACACUGAAUCCUUACCCACCCCUGGGGAGCAACUCAUAAGCAGCAAGGAUGAGAAAGGGUUUGAUGCUGUCCAAUGUCUGCUGGAAACGUUCUACAAUAAAGAGGCACUGGAAGACGCAAUCAAGGAGAACGGUUCUCCUGACCCUGACUCCGCCCCUCCCCCUGCUAGUCUGCGCGGAUUCCCUGUCGAAGGUCUCAGUGACGAGAUGGGUCUUCUUCCCGAGGCCUUCCAUGUCACCGUCACUGACCACGUCUUGGAGUUGCAGGAGGCUAUAGUCAACGAGGACGACGAGGUUGACCCGAAGGCCUUGCAAGCUGCUUUCUCGUGGAAUCGCCUUCAGAUGCGCACUGCGCGGUUUUUGUGGUCCCGCGAGCAAGAACUUCGUCAUCAGGUAGAAAUGCUGCCGGAGGUGGAUGAUGUCAGGGAAUACAUCGAGACAAGGGCCGACGAUGGUGAUCUUUCGUUUUGGGAGGCCGAGAAUUCUGACCAGCAAAAGUCAAAGUCACCACACCCCGAAACGGAAAGCCAGCAGCGCAGCGAGCAAGUGCUGCCUUCUACGGAAAGGGAUGAAGGAGAUACCCCAUCUCCUCUACUCCCGGGAACUUCCACUGAGGGGGCGGAAGCACAGAUUCCUCAGUCCUCUGCGGCUGUUGUAAAGGGAACUCCAAAUCGCCAAAAUACUCAAUAUUCCGCGGCUGCUGUACAAGGAACUCCAGCUCGCCAAACGUCUCAACUCUCUACGCCUGUUGGACGAAGAACCCCAGCCUGCCAAACUAAGCAGAUUCAAAGAACACCCGAACACCCGGCCUCUGUAGGACAGAGAAAUUCAGCGAGCCAGAAAAAGCAGUCCACGUCCAAGAGUGAACUCAAUAAGAAGCCUUCCAAGCGUUCGAGUGAGAAAACCAUGGCGACCCAUAUGGACUUAAUGAAGAAGCGCAGAGAAGCUCGUCGGCAACGCGAAGCGGUCAAUGCAACGCCGCAAACCGCCCGCCGCUCCUCUGCGGCGGAAGAUGGCGACUUUCCUUCCGUUGGAACGUUGAUCCGCGAUGCUGCUGCCACCCGUAACGCUAGAUCGCCCAUGGAGGUUGCGCAAACGCCUGAGCCGGAACAAGGGCACCGGGUAAUGGAUGCCGAUUCUACUCUUCUCGGGGACGGCGAUGAUCUGGACUUGACGAAUCCCCAUGAGAACGAUCUCAUGCAGUCCAACAGUCCCCCUGGCUCUGAAAGAACGCGCCAAGUCAGCUAUAACCAGGGCCGAUUUUUUGGCUCUCCUCAGAAAAGUCAAACGUCAGGCCCGCAAAAGCAGAAACAGUCCACGCCACGACGGACCCUCCUCGACCCUCAGAACACUCGCUCGCGAGUUAUCUGGACUGAUGAUGAGGACAGUCCGCAUGCCGAAGAACAUCAGCCGCCGCCCUCUCGGUCCACCCAAGCAACAAGAAAGCGUCGUCGUAGUGUGGCAGACGAUGACUCCGACGAUGACUUUGACCAAGAUGACCGCGAGCUCGAUAUCCAGUCCUGCCGGGCCCACAAGCCCAGCAAGCGGAAACGAGUGUCAAGCGAAGAUGGCGAUCCGGGAAAUCAGCUCCGGGGCGACCUAAUGGCAAGCAGCCAGCCCGCGCAGACCCAAGAGCAAGAAAAUUCUACCCCACCCACUUCUACCCAGCUCGAGUCUCCGCAGCCAACCCCAUCGCAGACUGCAAUAGCCCGUAUCAACGCCAUCGAUCCGCCGCCUAGUCAGUCUCGUUGGUCACAACUGGGUCCUUUUGACACCGCGGCCCCCAGGAAGAGAUGGUCUGCAAACGAGGAAGAACGUCUCGUCGACCUGGUCACACGUAGUGGCCCGAGAUGGGCCGAUAUCAAGAGAAUUGACGCUGUUUGCCCCCGAUCCGACGGCGGCCCUCUGUUGACCCACCGCACCCAAGUCCAGCUCAAGGACAAGGCGCGUAACAUCAAGAAGAAAUACAUUCGAGAGGGCCGACCGCUCCCGAAGAACUUUGACCAAAUUACGUGCUAG